CGGUUACAAAGUGAAGUUGUGGGGUGACUUUAUAUGGAGUUGGGACCUUUGGGGUUGGGGAAACUUGUCACUCUACUGUAACAGCUGCAAAUUGGUUGGGAACAACCAAGCUAGGUUGGCAAGGGUGGCCAACUUGGAUGGAUUGGUUGGGAAGGGACAAAGGUCAAAGUUGAGGUUCCUAUAGGGAGGGAAUCUUUGUGCUUAUGGGGUUUCCUUGGUUGGGGACUCUCUUGGGACCUUCCCUCUCAUCCUUCUCUUCCUAUCCCAACCUUUCUCUUGCUCCUUCUAAUUCCUUGUGAGAUUCUUGAACUUUGAUUGAACUCUUGAGAUUGAGUUAAGUUCUCCUCCUACAGCUUACCCCCUAGUGCGUCGAAAGCCAUAGCGUCGCGAAUACUUCAUCAAUCAACGUGAUUCAAAUUGGGAACGGUAGCUGAGAUCAAGAGCUACAACAUAUCCAAGUUUCGCGACAUUCCAACGGCUAGUGUUUUGUCGACGUCGUUUCUUGUGAAGACGACUUUUCUGUCCAGAAUUUCGGAUUUAUAUUUUGAGUAAUUCUAGCUCCUAAGUUCACCUAGACUCUGUCCUUAAUCCUAACAAGUGGUAUCAGAGCCAUAUUAAGGACAUUGAGAGGAGUCUACAGAAGUGUGAAGACCCUUCUAGACCCACCAUGGCCUGUGGGUGUGCCUAAGUGGUGUUCUAAAGGUUGGAUGUGUCUUCCGCUAAGGGGAAACUCUGCCGAAAUUUCGUGGACGCCGACACUUGUGAAAAUAUCGAGGGAGCUGAGUGUGGACAGCAAAGGGGAGCUGAAAUUCGUCAUUUCUCAAGGAGAAGAUGAAUGAGAGAGGAGGAGAUGCUAAUGGAAGAGGAGCUGUAGCUGAGAAGACAAGUGAGCCGCCGCCAUCAAAAGUUGAAGCUUUGGAUGGCUCCAACUAUGAGGAAUGGAGCGGGCGGAUGAGGAGUGCCUUCAAACGCUACAAGCUACUGAAGAUUGCUGUUGGGGAGGAGAAGAUGCCGGAAGAAGGCGAAGCACGUGAACGGUGGAUUGAGAAAAGCGCGGUGCUUUUCGACCUCAUCCUUCAAUCGGUCAACAAGGAGAUGUUCGAGCACAUCAAGGAUCUUGUGGAAGCGGAUGAUUCGGGUCCAAGGGCGUGGAAACUACUACGUGAUGUGAUUCAGCCCAACACUCUCCCAAUGGUGAUCGUGCUCGAGAAGGAACUUGCUGCCAUCUCCAUGCGACCAGGGGAUGAUGUGAAGCCGGUCCUUGACAAGAUCAAGGACACCUAUGCAACGAUGGCAGCAGCGGGCAGCAGUGUAUCUCAGCUGCAGCAGUGCACCAAGAUCAUCUCGGUGUUGGACAACUCUUGGGACAACCUCAUCCCCACCCUCAACUCUCAGCAAGAUCAAUGGACACCUGAGUGGCUAAGGCAGCAGAUUCUGCAGGAGGACUUCCGCAGACGCCAUGUGGGAGGCGGUGCUGCCACUAAGACUGCUGAGGGGUAUGGAGCUGCAAGGCGCGGCAGAGGAAGAGGGGGUUGGAGAGGCCGAGGCCGUGGGAGGAGCUUUGGCAGAGGUAGAGGCCGAGGUGACUAUAAUGAGGGGCAUGGGAGCUCCAGUGGCAGGGGGAGUACCAGAAUGGAGGGCACCUGCUGGUACUGCAAGAAGGUCGGGCAUCCUUGGUUCAAGUGCUUCAGCAAGCCGGAGGGAUGGGCACCUCCAGGCAUGAAGCCGCCCAGUGGUGAACGCGCACAAGGUGGCGCUGUGCAAGGCUCAGGUGCACAAGGUGAAGGUGCACAAGGUAAUGCCUAUCCUGGUUUGUUUCUUAUGGUUGAGGAUGUGCAUGGGCAUGAGGGUGAUGUGGGAUCUGUGGGAAAGGUUGUGAUGCACCCUCUCACGCACUGGGUGAUUGAUUCGGGUUGCACCAGUCACAUGACCCCACGGGCAGAUUUGCUUGAUGAGGUAAAACCCCCUGGGAAGAUCAAGUAUGUGGCAGCAGCGUCAGGUGCUUUGCUCCCUGUGAUUGGUGUUGGAAAUGCCAAGGUUAAGGGAGCUAAUGGGGAGCUUGUGGGGCUUGGGAAUGUUCUGCUGGUUGAAGGCUUGUCUGCUAACCUUCUCUCUGUGCGACGACUGCAGAAGAGCAAGGCCGAAGUGACCUUUGGACCAACCAGCUGCCGUGCUAAGCUUGGGAAGAAGGUGCUGUGGAGUCUGGAAGAGGAGACCAGCUGCAUCAAGGACCUGUGGCAGCUGCCCAUCAUCCCAUGGAAUGGGAAGACUCCAACAGCAGCAACGGCAGCAGUGGCAAAGGCAACAGCAGGAGGAGAUGCAACUGCACCAACUGAUGGGGUCCUGGAAGCAGUCAAGAAAGUGCAGCAGCAGCAGACACAUGGUGAGGUGCUUGCUGGUGUGGAUGCGAGUGCGGCAUGGGCUAAGGCUUCAUCAAAGAGUGGAGAGGCCGAUUGGGAGACAUGGCAUGAGAGGCUGUGUCAUGUGAACUUCCCUAUGCUGCAGAAGUUGGUGAAGGAUGGGAGCCUGAAGGGCUUGGAGGUGAAAGGGGGAGUGAAGGAGAUUGGGAGCUGCCCUACAUGCUUGGAGACCAAGUUCUCCAAGUUCCCCUUCAACAGCACUACAGGACCAGCCAAGACCCCACUUGCACUUGUGCACAUGGAUGUGGUGGGGCCCACAAGAGCCCCUUCCCUCUCAGGUAGCCGCUAUUUCUUGACAAUUGUGGAUGACCACACUCGGGCAGUGUGGGUUUACCCUUUGAAGAGCAAGGGGGAGGUGGCAGCGGCUGUCCUUAAGGAGUGGAUGCCGAGAGCUCAGAGGGAAUGCGGACACAAGGUGAAGGUGAUCCGUAGUGACAAUGGUGGGGAGUUCAUUGGAGCUGAUUUUGAGGGGGAGUUGAAGAGGAAGGGGAUCCAACAUCAACUGACAGUGCCCUACAACCCGCAGCAGAAUGGCGUGGCUGAGAGGUUCAACAGGACCCUGCAGGAGGGGGCACGCACUCUCCUUGGGCGUGCAGGGCUGCCUGAUCCGUUUUGGGUGUCUGCACUGAGGCAGGUCGCCCUUGUGAAGAACAGGGUGCUGGCUACAGUUGGAGAUAAGGAGUGGAUCCCAUAUGUCAAGUGGUAUGGGAGUGCUCCAGCUGUGAAUAUGCUGAGGGCAUUUGGGUGCAUGGUAGUGUUUCAUGUGCCUAAGGAGAAAAGGGGGAAGUUGGAGGCUUCUGGAAGAUGGGGUGUGCACUUGGGGAUUGCAAAGGAUCACAAGGGGUGGCUGCUAUGGGACUUGACCACCCAGAAGUUGACAGUGUCAAGGGAUGUGAAGUUUCUUGAGUCCCUGUACUACAAGGAAUGGAAGCAGCAGCAACAGAAGCUUCCAUCUACACCGCUCAUUGUGGAGGCGGAUGAGGUGCAGCGGCCUUCAAGACAGGUAGAGGUUGCAGUGUCAGAGGAGGAGAUGUCUGGGGUGACUGAGGAAGGGGGAGCAGCUGAAGUAGAGCAGCAGCAGCAGCAGCAGCAUGAGUCUCCAUCUCGAGUUCCACACCCGCCUGAGCGACCUAGGAGGGAUGUGCGCCCUCCGGUGAGGCUGACCUAUGGGGGAAGAGGCAAGCCGAAUGUGGUGCAGGCUGGGAGUGUGGUUGAGCAGAUUGAGGAAGAUGAGAUCGCUCACUGCUACUGGGCACCAAUCCCUGAGCCCAAGACUCGAGAGGAGGCCUUGAAUGGACCAAAUGGGGAGAAGUGGAAGGCGAGUGAGGAUGAGGAGUUUGGGUCCCUGAUUGAGAACGAGACAUGGGACCUGUGUGACUUGCCUCCUGGAAAGAAGGCAAUCACUUCCAAGAUGAUCUACAGGCACAAGUAUGGACCUGAAGGGGAGCUGACCCGAUACAAGUCUAGGCUUGUGGCACGGGGGUUUCAGCAGACAAAAGGGAAGGACUAUGAUGAGGUAUUUGCUCCUGUGGGGAAAGGAACAACACUGAGGGUGCUGUUGGCGAUAGCUGCACUCCUGGGAUGGAAGAUACGGCAGAUGGACAUUGUGACUGCCUUUCUGAAUGGGAUCAUUCUGGAGGAGGUGUACAUGAAGCAGCCAGAGGGGCUGGAUGAUGGGAGCGGCAGGGUCUGCAGGCUGAAGAAGGCAAUCUAUGGCCUUAAGCAGGCGCCUCGUGCAUGGUAUCACAAGUUGGAGGAGGCGCUGGUGGCUGGGGGUUUCAAGAAGAGUGAGUGUGACCCCAGCCUGUUCCUGCUGCAGGAGAAGGACGAAAUCCUCAUGCUCUUGGUGUAUAUGGAUGAUAUCCUUCUCUUUUCUGCAUCCACUGCUUUGCUGGACAGCGCAGAGCAGAUGCUGGAGAUGCAGUUCAAGUGCUCCAAGAUGGUGGGAUUGGAGUACAGUGGAGUGAGGCAGCGGUUGCAGAGAGGUGCUGCAGAUGUGAAGAGUGGUGAGAUGCUCUUGAGUUGCUAUACUGACGCUAGCUUCAACUCAGUGAAAGCGGAUGGCACCAGCAUUGGGGGUUAUGUGUGCUUGCUAGGAGGUGGUGCUGUGAGCUGGCGCAGCAAGAAGCAGAAUGAGGUGGGAUUGACUUCAUGUGAGACUGAGUACAUGGCCUUACACCAUGGGGCCAAGGAAGUGGUAUGGCUGAGGCGUUUGUUGGAGGAGUUGGGAGUUGGUCAGGAGGAGCCGACAGGACAAAGGUCAAAGUUGAGGUUCCUAUAGGGAGGGAAUCUUUGUGCUUAUGGGGUUUCCUUGGUUGGGGACUCUCUUGGGACCUUCCCUCUCAUCCUUCUCUUCCUAUCCCAACCUUUCUCUUGCUCCUUCUAAUUCCUUGUGAGAUUCUUGAACUUUGAUUGAACUCUUGAGAUUGAGUUAAGUUCUC